CUCUCGACUGCAAAAAAUCGAUUGGUGCCAUUCUCUCUCCCAACAACAGAAUACUUUCGAUAUCGCUUUCACUUUCGUUGAUCGAGUGUCAUUCUCUGUAUGAAAGUUUUUGUUGAUUUCGAAAAUUGACAGUAAUUAGCAUUUCUCAUGAGUCUUAGCAUAGCGGAAAUCGUUGUUACCGACCUCUUCGCUCGGGAGAAUGAUAAGGCCCGAAAAGUUGCCGCUGACAAGGAAUCUUGCGACAAACUCUCUCACAUUUUCAGUAAAAGAGUCAAGUCUUUGAUGAAAGGGAUGAAAACGCUUCUCAAAAACGCUGAUACUUUCGAUGUAGAAAACAUCGUGGAGUUAACAGUAAAUACUGUAAUGAGAAAAAUAGGUCGGAACACUUCUACCGAGCAUAUUCACUGGGCGCCAACGCAGUCUGGAAAGACAGCGUUCAAGGCCGUAAAAAUAUGUUCAUUCCUUACAAUGAACAUACCAGUGAUUCUUCUGACGAAAGGAAAGAAGGAGAGUGAAGAGUUAUAUGGGAAAAUCUGCAGUUAUCUUCAAGGAUCAAGAUUUGAAUCUUCGGUUUUGUCUGUCUAUCAAAGUGAAGAUUUGAUUUGGAAUGAGUUUCUAUGUUACGAGAAAGCUAGUGUUUUAAUUAUUCCAGACACAUUCCAGCAGAUCGCCAAGACUAAAGAAAUACUCGACGAAAGUUUGAACGAGGCAAACAAUAACGGGUUUUGUUGCGCUGGCUGUGCACUCAUUCUAGAUGAAGCCGAUGCUGUCACCCAUAGAUCCGAAGACAAUGUUCAGAAAAACGAAAUAGCUUUGAAUAAAUUCCUGCAACACUUUGACCCUUUGGUUGUGAAAGUAACAGCGACUCCAAUUCCAACCUUUGAGCAUUCCAUAGACAAGAAACCCAUCGUCACGACUUCAAAAAAGAAAUUAAAAAACUAUGUUGGUGUAGAGAAUCAGGUAAACGAUCACCUCGAUUUAUCAGUAAAGGAAGGUUUCAUGUUGGACUUGGAGAAAUUUGUCUUAGAGAAAGAACCCGGGAAGAGAUAUAAACCGAAAUUCGAGUUUGAGGAGAUCAGAAAACGAUCUCGACAACGUUUUGCCUUGUUUCCGUUCAAAGAAGAUUCGAAAGCUGCAGACAAACCCCUAAACCGGACAAAAUUUCCUUCUGUCUGGAACAAGACGAUCCCAUUCUUCAACAACCAAUGCAUCAAACUUCUGCGCCAAGAGAUUUUAAAGAAAAACUCCGUUGGAAUGCUAACACUGGUCGAUACUUGCCCCUGGGUGACCAAGGAAAAGAAAAACGUUUUCCUCCAGGCAUCCGGGGUUCAAGACUAUUUCUAUACGAUUCCGGAGCGGAAGUUCAUUGCGAUAGUGGUCCACGCUGAAUUCGUUUUUUAUCGACUCCCUGGUCAUAAGUUCGCGUUCCAGUGCCACAGAACCCUCGGCGAAUUGAUCGAGAAAAUUGACAACAGCAAAACUUACGGCCUCAAAAUGCCCAUUGUGAUUUUUGGCUAUUAUGCCAUGAAGCGAUCGCGUUCCUUUCGGUCCACCAAGCGAGUUCCAACGUCGAUGAUACUGAACCUAGGCAAAGGCCAAUCGAACGAAAGCGUUCGGCAGGCCGGGGGCCGACCCACCUUCAAGGGCCUCGACGUGCUAAAGCGCAACCGCAAGACGGAUAAAAUCCGCAUGCUUUGUCCGAUGGAAGACUUUGAGAUCAUACAGAAAUACGAUCCCCUCGUUCUAGAUAUCAUCGACCUUUAUAGAGAGCGCCACCUCUCCUGGAAUAAAAUCGAAUCCGAGCUGUGCCGAACGUCCCCGAACUAUUUUCUUUCGUAUUCUGCUAGAAGAACCGGUAACUACGAGAAAAGCGAAGUAUCCAGCAAGUGGAAAAAGAAGCGAAGGGUGUCUUUUGAAUCGAAUUGCAACAGCAGCAGCAACAACAACAACACUUGCAGCAGUACUGGUGGUGGCAAUCUCGAGUCGAACGAGGGCCAGGGCAAGAACCGGGACGAGGUCACCGGGCAACACUCGGAUUCGUCACGAAAACCUUGCCCUCCGCCCCAAAAGGCCGCGCCAACAAAUAAUCCCUCUGGCUGCAUCAUUGAGCGUUUGACUGGCAGGGGUUCUGCGUCGUCGAUUUCGGUAGAUUCGGGCGAAGACUCCGACAGGACGAUUCCCCUCGAAAUGUCCACGGACAAUGCGAUACUUUCGGGAUUUCCACCAAUACCCGAUUUUGUCACUACCGUUUCUACGGUGACGCCGCCCAAAGCAUCGGGAACCCUUCAAACCGCGGUGCUUCCGCAAAAGAGAGAGUCCCCAAGCGAGGAAGCAACGGAAGAGACGACCGUGCUUGCGACACCGUACAGCAGCAAGAAGCGCUGGAAACAAGAGGACGAUCGGUUGGUGGACCUGAUCCAGGGAGAUGGAGAGGAUGCAGUCAUCGACCUAGCGUGCGGAGACGAGGAGGAGGAGGCCAUCGACCUCACGGACUGUUGAUGGAUGGAUGAGUGGACGUGAUGGAUGGAUGGAUGGAUACCAAAAGCGACCGAUUGAUUCGCCCAGGGCCGUAUUGUGCAGGAGUGCGCGAUGUGCAUUGAAGAAACCAGACUACAACUA